AUAUGACAGGAAGCUGAUUUAAGAAGAGAAACAGAAAGGACUUUACUGCCUGUGGAAGGAGAAGCAAGACUUAUGUGCUUUGAAAAGAUCUACUGUAGUUUGCUGACAUUUAAUGCUAACAACUCAUCCUCUUGAGGAGAUUCUGUUGUAAUGUAUCCAGUGGCUGUUCCUGCACCAGGAGGUGACGGAAAUAAUGAACAGCAUGGGAAACUUAUUUUUUUCCUUUUUGUUUUUGGAGCGGUGUUGCUGUGCGCUGGAUUCCUGCUUUCAGUUUUUAUUCUCCAGUCAUGCCCAUCCGGAACCUUCAGUGACUGUAAUGAGGUCCUUAAGGCUGCUGGACCAGUGCUGGCUGUAACUGGACUGGUUUGUGUUUUACUGGCACGAUCAAGGGCCAGGAUGUAUAUGAGACAAAGACAAUUGCAAAAUGAGCAGGUGUACAGCCUUGUCUUUUGCCAUGGGAACUGUCAAUUUGCCCAGUUUCUCAUAUUUGGAUUCUUGUUUUUAACUAGUGGAAUGCUAAUUAGCAUCCUGGGAAUUUGGGUUCCUGGUUGCAGCCCUGGCUGGCAUACCAUGCAACUCAACCACACCGGCAGUUCUGAUGUGGACCUCCAGGGCUGUGGAUUCCUGUCACUUCAAAUCAUGGGACCUUUGAUUGUGCUCACUGGGUUGUGUUUCUUCGUGAUAGCUCAUGUUAAAAAGAAACAAAACUUAAAUCUCAACCAUGAAUCUUGUGAAAGUGAAGAACAUCCUCAGAGCCCUGAAUCUUUUCACGUUACAGUAGGUGAUGUUGUAAUGGUAUUCCCACCCCCACCACCUCCUUAUUUUGCUGACCCUAUGUCACCAACUGUGGCACAUUGUCUUAUGUCGAGUGUUUUGCCUACACAUGAAAGUCCUCCACCAUACCACUCUAUCUUCACUGAUGGAGCACAGCUUGCAGAUGAUGAAAGAAUGGUUGCUGUUAGAGACUAUGAAACCAUAUGUACAAUUUCUGGAAGCAGCUCACCUUCAGAUAUUUUACCAAUGCUAUACCUCUGCUCUGAAUCACCUCCAAAAUAUGAAGAAAAAGCAUCAAUAACAAAUAAUGAACAUUCACCAUCUUCUUCCUCAUCUUUUUCAUCUAUUUCCUUAGCCACAUCUGACAUCAGCUCAUAGAAGACUGUCAGUUGACUUAAUUUUUAAAUUAAAUUGUACAGAGAUUUACAAUUUUUGAAUUUAUUUACAUUUUGUAAUAAAAGCAAUAAUGUUGACUGUGUCUAA